AUGAACGUCAGCCAGCGAGCGGGCACGGUGCCCUGCAGCAGCCUCCCGCCCACCGAGGGCAGCUGUGGGUGGGGGCCCUGGCCCAACGGGACCGAGGGGGCCCUGCAGCUGCCCACCUUCUCCCCCGCCGCCAAGGCCCGCGUCAUCCUCACCUUCGUGCUCCUCACCCUCUCGGCCGCCGGCAACCUGGCGGUGCUGUGGGCGGGCGCGGGCGGGCGGCGCGGGAAGCUCUCGCACGUCCGCGUGCUCCUGCUGCACCUGGCGGCGGCCGACCUGCUGGUCACCUUCGUGGUGAUGCCGCUGGACGCCGGCUGGAACCUCACGGUGCAGUGGCAGGCGGGGGACCUGGCCUGCCGCCUCCUCAUGUACCUCAAGCUGCUGGCCAUGUACGCCUCGGCCUUCAUCACCGUGGUGAUCAGCCUGGACCGCCAGGCAGCCAUCCUGCGCCCGCUGGCCAUCGCCCAGGCCCACAGGAGGAACCGCCUCAUGCUGUACGCGGCCUGGCUGCUGAGUGCUGGGCUCUCCCUGCCCCAGCUGUUCCUGUUCCACACAGUCACCAUCCACUCCCCGCAGAACUUCACCCAGUGCACCACGCAGGGCAGCUUUCCCCAGCGCUGGCACGAGACGGCCUACAACAUGCUGGGCUUCGCCUGCCUCUUCCUCCUGCCCCUGCUCAUCAUGGUCUGCUGCUACGCCCGCAUCCUGCUGGAGAUCUCCCGCCGCAUGGGCACCAGCCUCUUCUCCAAGGAGGUGCCCCUGCGCCGCUCCACCACCAACAUCCCGCGGGCGCGGCUGCGUGUGCUCAAGCUGAGCCUGGUCAUCGUCAGCUCCUUCGUCGUGUGCUGGACGCCCUACUACCUGCUGGGCCUCUGGUACUGGUUCUGCCCCCGCGCCAUGGAGGAGACGGUCUCGCCAUCCCUCGCCCACGUCCUCUUCAUCUUCGGCCUCCUUAACGCCUGCCUGGACCCCCUCACUUACGGCCUCUUCACCAUCCCCUUCCACAGGGGGCUGGGGCACUGCUGCCGGGGGGGGCACAGAGCGGGGCCCGAGCCCUGUUCCCCGCCAACUGGAUCCUUGCGCUGCUCCGCCACCUCCUUGCAUGCCAAGCGGGGUGCCACGGCCACCCCGGUGCACGAGACGCCCACAGCCCAGAGCUACCUGGGCAAUGGGACCAGCAGUGUCGACAGCAGCUACCUGUGA